UGGGGUGCGGCGAAACUAGAGGAGAGCACAGCUAUCGAUCGAUAGCGACGCCUGUGCAGUGAGCGAGCCCGUGUGCCAUGCCACGAUCGACGACCGUAGAGCCCAGGGGAAACAAUCGCGUCGUCUCUUUGACAUAGCUCUCGCGCUACGAGAGACGACGCGCGAGAACGGCGGAGCGUUGACAGUGGUUGUUGUUGUUCCCUUUCACGUGCUCUCCGUGCACCGGCGAUCUCCGUGAGCAACCGUGUAUGUCCCUCGCGUUCCUGGCGCGAAGGGGACAUCGCAUCUCCACCGAACUUCGGCUUGCGAGCCACGCAGCCCGGCUGACAGACACGCCGUUCGCGACGCGACGGCGGCAUCCUCGGCGCGGCGAUAAACGUCGUCAUGUGGCUGACAGUGCGAGAUACAUUAGGUGCGCCGAGAGAGUGGUGAAUAUUCGUGCGUAUUUAUAGAACCGCGCCGGUUCUUCGCUCCGUUUUAUCGGGGGUCUCCCAUCGCCCGACGACGACGACGACGGGUUCGCUUUAAUAAUCGCGACGAGAAUUAACCCCCGAAAAACAAAGCGCGAUUCUAACGCAGUUGAUAUAAAUUGCUGAACACAUAUAUAUUGUCUGCAGUCCCGCUUAAUUAGCGCAACUACGUAACGCGUAGUUACGCGUAGUUGCGCUACCAUAACAGUUAGUUUAUGAUUAUGCCUAGUCUGCAGGAAACCACCGUGGAGGCAAGUCAAGUGGAGUAUAAUUACCUGCAUAUUUCUAUUAAUGAGGACAGGCUCGCAAAAAAAUUAUCGCGUAAUGGAGAAAUUGAUUUUAAAAUAGAAAAUUUUUAAAAAUAAAUAGUUUUUAAAAAGCGUAAAAUAACUCAGUAUUAAAUCGGGAAAUAUCAAGGAAUGUGUGUAUUUCGUUUUUAAUAUCUCUCACAUUUGAUGGAAAGUAUAUUAUUUGACCACUGGUGCAAAUAUGAAUAGUUCAAAUAGUCAUCAUGAUGAAAAGUUAUUUCUUUCUCGUUCGUCAGAAAUGACAUUUUUUCCAUAAUUUUUUUUAAGUACGAAAACAUCGAAUAAUUUAAAAUUUUCAAGUUUGCAUAUAGCGCGUUCCAGUAUGCUCCUUCAUACAUUAUUCUUUUCUAUACACAGUAGAACAUUUCCAUAGAACAUUUCUAAUAAGCAUCGAAGGCUAGUAACUUUCUAAGUAUCCUCAAUCAAAGUUGAUUCGAGAGAGAUUCGCUGAUAGAAAUCAUAUGAUAAUUUAUUCGAUUUUCGCUGAGUGUCACGCGUGACACACUAAAUGACCGCGAAAGUCGAUAUCUGAUGGCUGAUGAAGGCGCAGGUUCAAAUAUCAAUCUUGAGAAAAGUUCUUGAACCUUGACUUCAAGAGAAUACAUAAUUAUCGAUUACGUAGCUACAUAUGUUGAUGCCUAUAUACAUCAGUUGUAAUACGAUACUUAAUUCUUAGCUAGCUCCGCGACUCAGAAAUUGUUCUUUUCUAUAAUAUAGAAAGGAGAGGAAAAAAGUUCACCCAGGUUAUAGUUAAUCGAUUAUGAGAUAAAGAUAGAAAUAGAUAGGCAGAGAAAGUGGGAGAAAGAGGGAGAGGAGAGAAGAAUGAUAUAAUAGUAAAAUUCAUACGUAUGUUUACCAUCAAGUUAAAUGUUGACAAUAAAUCACAGAAAAAGGAGCAUCGAGCCGCAACAAGGUGGAAGUGUUGUAAAAUUUUAAAUGAAGAAAACAAAUUGACAAACGUUUCGGCCCCUUAUGGGACCAUCUUCAGUGUCAAAUAACAAUUAAGUCCAAAUUUUGAAAAAGUUACACGUUACAUACUCUUACACUAAAAUUAACGCAACUAAAUUGCGUUAUUUGGACUUAAUUGUUAUUUGACACUGAAGAUGGUCCCAUAAGGGGCCGAAACGUUUGUCAAUUUGUUUCCUUUAUUAAUAUAUAGAAUUUUACAACACUUCCACUUUGUUGCGGCUCGAUGCUCCUUUUUCUGUAAUUUAUUUUUAAUCUUGUGAGUCUUUUUGAUAUAUAUUAAAUAUUGACAAUUUUUAGAAUUUUCUUGAUAUUCUUAUGAAAAAUUGAAUUUAACGGCAGAGUCUUUAAAACAUUUGUUGAUUGGCAAAAAAUUUACAAAAAAUUCUGAGAAAAAGUCGUUAUCUGUUGCACUUUUUCAAAAUUAUACAUUAGAUAUUUUAAUAAGUACAACUCAAAUAUCAUUUUAAGAAAAAUGAAGUCUAUUCAAUUUUACGUAAUUAAUAGACUUAUUUCAAUUGCACACGCGUGAAAGGUAUACACGUAGAAAAUAGAACGUUUUGCAACCAAUGCACUUGAAAAUUACUUAUAUAUAUUAUAUUUUAGAUUUUGUUUAAAAAAAUAAAAAUUGAGAUAUAUCGAUACUUUUAUUAGGUAAUAUUAUGGUUUUAAAAAAAAUUACUUAGUAUAGAUGUAAAGUAUGCUUUCGCUUCCUUAUAACAUCGCGAGACGGAGUAUACUUCACCACGCCUACGUAGUGACGGCGUUGCAAGCCGUUUAGCACCUUACCUGCACAUUCCAGCUCUACAGAUUAGAUCAAGGACUCGUGAUUAGAUAAUAGUUUCUCCAUCUCUGCAUUAAUCCGCUACAUGUGUGGUAUCAUAUGUAAUCCAUAAUAUCUAUUAACAGUCUCACCAUAAUUAUCUUUCCAGCUAAAAAUAAAUUUACUUUUAUAUACUGCAUAUUUCAUUAAAAUAAAGCUAUAAUAAUAGUAUGCUGGCGUUCUACAAAAACUACAUAUUUCUAGCUGACACCUCUGUCUGGUCACUGCAUAUCAAAUUAUGACGUGGAAGCGAGAAACUGUGAUUUCUAUUUAUAGUAUAUUUAUAUCGAAAUUAAUAAUUUUAUCGCACGUUUAUUAUAUAUCAAAUCUAAUUGAUAAAAAAACUUGCAAUAUAUAUAUGUGCCAAUUUCCUUUUCAGCUUCUGACUUAAUGAAUGCUGCAAUUAAGCAACACGAUAUAAUUAGGUCAAUUUUUAUUGAGUAUAUGUACGCGAAUUAAAUUACACGGCCAUUUAUUGAUGAACGAAUAUUUAAAAAAGGAGUCUUUGGUAUAUUUAAUCUAUUCUAUCAUAUGAGAAAAGAAAUCAUUGUUCUCAUUUGUACAUGAUAUUAGAAAACGAUUAAUUAGGGUUUCUUCCUUCUAACGUUCUAAUCAAACAUGGCCGCCAUAACAGAACGGAAGCCUUAAGUAACUUCUUGGAAAGGUUUCUGAUUAAAAAUUAAUUUUUUCACAUCCUGAUUUUAUCGUCUUUAUCUCUAAGUUGUCGUCUGUGUAUCAUAUAUAGUUGUUACUCUGGAAACCGCGAAGAAGCGUCGGACGUUCGGCAUGACGUAAAAGCUAGCUGCAGUUACGGCGGAAGAAAUUGAAACGGUUGAAGCGCCGUGCGACAGAAAGGAAGACAAAUAGAUAGAUAGAAAAAAAACGGACAAAGUGCAAAAAUGUCCGAAAAUGAAACGAAGUCGGCUUCGCCGAUACCCGCGGUUAUGUGCGCGCAAUGCUGCAGCAACGACGACGGUGGUGACAAUGACAGUGGCGGCGGGGGCGGCGGUGGAGGUGGCGAUGGCAGUCAGACGACCAUGCAAUGCCCGGCUCUACAGGUCACCUCGCGGAUGCUGCGCUCGCCGAGUCACGAGAGCGUCACCACCGAUCUGUCGCUCUUCAGCGUGUCGUCGAUCGCCAGCGAUCUGCGCAGCGCCAACAGGUUGGUCACCUUCAAGUCCUACAGCGACGCGCAGCUCACCGGACGGGGGCCCUCGCCGAAACCGGACUCCCGACAGAUUCAGGGCAACAGGCCGGCGGACAUUCCCGAGAUUUUAUGGUUCGAGGAGGAGAACGAACUGAUCCGCAGUUGCGGUGUUCUAUCGUCAGCAUUGGGAUUGCGUAAGAGCUUCAGCACAAGCGAUGUAUCGCAGCUUCCCAGCCCAGACGCGGCUGGGGCCGGUGGCCUACGAACGGCGGUAUCCGCGCUGGCCCUCGACACUGCCCAGCGAAACACCCUGUUGCUGGAGCACGCCAGGCUCGAUCACGCUUCGAGGUCCUGCAGCACCUGGGUCGCCGUAGGCGAGCCCGUGGCCAGCACGUCCCAACUUCCCAGCCCGCAUGGAGGAGCCGCGCAGGAGCAACAGCCUCAGCAACAACAGCAAGCGCAGCAAUCUUCUUCAAACGCUCAAUCGGUGCCGCAGCUACCACCGCAACCACCGGCACCGCCGCCACCACCACCCGUGCCCUUCACUGGAGCGGAUCUCGUCAGGUCCGUCAAUAAGAAAGUCCGACAGAAUUACAUACGACGAAGGCUACUGACCACGUAUCGCGCUUUGGAGCGCCUCUCGCAGAGUGAAUUUAAUCUAGACCAGCUAGAAGCGGCGGCUACCGCGGCGCAGAGCUCUCACGGAACCACUUUGCUGGUGCCCGGAACGACCGGCGGAGUUCCUGGUGCUUCCUUGAUCGGGCGGAAGGAGCGAAAUCACGCGUUGACGGUACGGGACGUCGAGAGGGAACGUGGGAAUCAGCUGUCCAAGUAUGAGAGGAACAUGAUGAUCUUUAAUUGGCUCCACACCUUGGACGACAGCGCGGUCGUAGACAGCGUCGAAUAAGGGACAAGGAGACCUCUCCAGCAUCUCCCCAGCAGUUCCGACAACGUGCGACCUACCGUGCCUAAGUCUCUUCCUCCUCGAUAUUACUUUAUCGAAGACGCUUCGUUGAUACCAUAUUGUCGCAUUUCGAAGAACACCGCUAAUAUGUAAGACUUCUGAUCUUGUUGUUAGCUAUAUUGAAUUAUGACAUCUAAAGCGAAGAAUUAUAUGAAUCUUUCUCUUACACUGUUCACCGAAAUAAAUAAGUUUUUUUUUUCAAAUGCUCCACACUCUCAUUUGGUAAAACAAAACAAAAUAAUGCAUAAAAUGCAUUUCCCUCUUAGUCCUUCUUCAUUAAUUCUCGUCUAGUGGAUGCCGAGUUUAUUCAGAUCAAUCUCUGCUGAAUCAUCAAAGAUGUCUUUUACCCUUUAUUUAUUUUACCCUUCCCUCAUGUUUAGAUAUCAUGGGAUGCAUUUUAGACAGUCAGCAGAAAGAUGAGUUGAUAUUCAACAGAGAUAAGAUACGUAUUUGUCAGGCGAGAAUUAAUAAAUAAUUAUGUAAUUCAAGUUAAAUGUACUCUCUAUGUUUAAAAAAAAAUAAGCCUCAUAAUUAAGAUUAUUAGGAUUUACAGUUAUCUUAUGAAUUGAAAAAAGAAUUCGGUAUAAACGUAUUUUAUCAUCUUAUAAACUUAUUUUGUUGAAUACAAAUAAUAGCAUGUGUAAAAAGACUAAUUUAUUCUAAUGUACAUUGCGAGAAUAAAUCGCUACAAUGAAUGUGAUGUAUAGUAUGAUUUCAUAAGCGUGGUCUAUCGCGUGUGAUGUCAUAAUCCAAUAUGGCUGCUAUAAUGAGCCAGGAGCUAUAAGCUAAAGUAACUAUCGCAAAAACAUCCGUCCCUCCUCGUCCAGCGAUUGGUGUCGCUUAACGAGUGUAUCCGAAGCAUUUCGUGUAAAGCGAAAUCCCGUUCUAUUGGCUACAUAUACAAAGGACUUAUACGGGCGUUAUAGCGAUUUCGGUUGCUUAAUUACUCCACACUGAUGCGCACUAAAGGCAUGUAAUUAUCUGACAAAGAAACAUAUAUAAAUAUGUAACAAUAUAAAUCAAAAUAUAAAAGACACGUAUUCUUUUACAGGUGCGUUAAAGAGAAACAUCCCCUUGAAAAUGAUCGACUUUUAUGUUUAUAAGCGUAUAUUGCUGAAACAGUAAAUAUGGAAAAACAUUUUAAACAAAAGUUUUGUUUAAAACAAAAGUUCUGUUUUAAACAAAAGUUUUGUAGUUUUGAAAGCACACUAUUUAAAUAUUUCAAAUUUUUCGAUAAAAUGUAAUAUCUCUCGAAAUAUCCCACCGCCCAUUAUCGUUUUUGAGAAUUCAACUCAUUUUUAUGACAAAAUUAGAGCUUAUUUAAAGAUAAAUUCAACAAUACGUAAAAAAUUCUAAAAUUCUCAGAAACGAUAGUGAGUGGCGAGACACUUGCACGUGUUUCUUUUUAAGUGUAAAAAUAUACGUAUUUUAACUGAUAAAAUAUCCAAUGUAUUAUUAUAUUAUUUAGAAGAACAUAUGUUGACUAUUUCACGGUUAACAUACUUAUACUCUGCUGCUGUUGCAGAGUAUAUGUCGAAUAAAAUAGUCUUUAUACGCAUUAGUGUGGAAUAUUGAAGGCAACUAAAUUGGUUAUUAGAAACAAAUUGAGGAAUCGACUUGGAAAUAUCUCUAAGUGUAGUACGAGGAGUAUACACUAGUACGUGUAUACUUUUGGCAUUCUAGUGAUCAGCUGAUUAUAGAAAUCUUUUAUCUAUAAUAUUUUAUCCAAAUAAUUUAUUGCUUAAAUUAAGGAAAUAACUUUUGAGAUUAGAAAUAUUUCUACGAUCUAAUGAUAACAACAUGAUCACAACGUUUCUGUGCGAGAUUUCAUGGAACUUUUUCGUAGAAACUUUCCUACAAGUCAGUAUUCGUAAAUUCAGUUUGCCAAGAGAUUUAAUAGGAUGGAUUUAGAGGCUGAUUUUAAUAAGCCGUAAUUUAACAAUUCAGUAAUUCCGUAGCGAGCGUUUAUAUUGAAGGAAACCAAUAUAUAAACUGAGAGAGUAUACAUCUUGCGUUAAGUACUUAGACACAUAUCGAUAAGAAGUUUUUAAUCAGCGGAGAGUAUUCGAGAGGUACCAAGCUGUUGCUGGAACGACGAAAUUUUAACAAUAAUUGUAGACUAAGAACCAUACCGUUUUGCAUUUCGAAUUUGCAGUUAGCAUGGAUAAUAUCCGAAAUCGAAAAGGAUACCGUGUGUAAAGAUUUAACGAUGCGACACGCAAUCCAAGGAAGCUAUCUACUUGAGAUAUGAAGGAUGAUACGCGCGAUUUAGCGUACUAGGACUUUUGUGAUUGUACACCCGGUAUGAAGACUAGUCGUUUGAAAUUCCGUUUAUUUUGAACGGUUAUAUGAAGAACUUGUUGGUGCCGGUGAUAAAUUUACUCAGAGUACAUGCUAAAAGUAUUUAAUUCUAUGAGUGUGUUCCUUAUGAAAGUCUUAAUUAUCCAGUGUAAGCAGAAAAUCCGGAACUAUUGUACUUCCUGUCAUGACUAAUUAACGACAGAUCACAUCAGUAUUAUGCGCCGCAGCCCAGGGUGAUACUAAAGUGUUUUUGGAAUAGUAAAUGGAUGUGUGAUCACUCACGCGCGCACGCGCGCGCGCACACACACACACACACACACACACACACACAAUUAAUGUGCUUUUAUGUAUAUUAAAUGUUUCCCCCCUUCCAUAUGUAAUAUCCGCUAACAUCGCGAUAUUAUCUGGUGCAGAACGUAAUGGAGCAAAUAUAAGAUUUAUUAAGUAUUCCAUA